AUGUCUUCCCCCUCCUGGCAAGACCGCCGCUUCAUGUUCCCCGUCGGGCGUGAAGUCCACCAGGGCUCCCGUCGGUACAGUGGCAGCAAAGGUUCUGCCGACCUGUCCACGUCCACCGGUAGUGACGGUGCCACUGCUGCAACUGCCGGUGUCCUCGACUCCCCUCCCGCUACAACUGCUGCCACUGCCACGACGGCCUCGACUGGAAAGGUCUUUCCGCCCUGGGAAGGAGACCGACGGUUCAUGGGUACGGUGCCCAGAGAGAUACACGAGGGUGCACGCCGGAAUUCCCAAUCCAGUGACAAGAGCACGGGAAGUACAUCGUCAGGGGUCGGUGCCGUCAAGACAUCGGCAUCACCACCUACAUCACCGGGCGGUGGGAUUGCCGCUGCAAUAGCAGGGAGAAGAAGGUCCUCGGCAUCCAAUGGAGGUGCAUUCAGUGGUCUCAUGGGCCACCGUAACAGCAAGGACGAUUACGAUCAGCGACGUCAGGGUUGGGAGGACAUGAAGGCUCCAGGUGGCUUUGGUGGAUUAUUCGGUGGGUUCGUCAACAAAUCUGGAGACAAGAAGUAA